CUUGGCUUGAACGCUUGUUUCCGUCAAGUCUCCAUUCGGCUUGCGCACAGACGGACUUCAGCUCUUCAAUCGCCUUCUCGUUCACCCGUCAAGUGGAGCCUCGUUGGAAGCCACUCGUUGUCGUAUUGGCCACCUCAAAUAAGCCUUCAGUACCCUCAAUUCCCGACCCUCGCAUCAUGGCAGCAGCAUUCGGUUGGGAUGCCGGACGAGUGUUCAACACCCAAGUGUACCCCAACUCCUCAGGCGACGACUCCCGUGCCGCCAUCGAGAAGAAGUUUGUGGAGUUCCUGAGGACGUUUUGUAUCGAUAAUGUGUAUAUCUACAGAGACCAGCUGCGCCAAAACUUGAUUAUCAAGCAGUACUUCCUGGAAGUCGAUAUGGCGCAUCUGAUGAGCUAUGACGAGGAUCUGACGAAUCAGUUGAAGGAGAAGCCGGCUGAGUAUCUCGCGUUGUUUGAAGAUGCCGUGAAGACUGUAGCGAAGCAGAACAAUUAUGCCACGGAGGCUGGAGAGUUCCCGGAUUGUCAAGUCAUGUUGCUCUCCAAUGCCAACCCUCUGCCAAUCCGAUCGUUGGACGCGCUCUCCAUUUCUAAAGUCGUCCGCCUUUCUGGAAUCAUCAUCUCAGCAUCCACACUCGCCGCCAAGGCAACGUAUGUCCACAUCAUGUGCCGGUCCUGCCGUCACAACAAGGUGUUGCCCGUGAAUGGAGGAUUCGCCGGUGUCCAGCUGCCGAGGAAAUGCGAUAGCGAGGGAGACGGGAAUUCCAGUAACCAGUGUCCACUGGACCCGUACAUUAUCGUGCACGACAAGAGUAAAUUCGUGGACCAGCAGACGUUGAAAUUGCAGGAGACGCCUGGAAUGGUGCCUGUUGGAGAGCUUCCACGGCAUUUGCUUCUCAGCGCAGAUCGACAUCUGACAAAUAAGGUUGUUCCUGGGACACGCGUUACCGUCACUGGGAUAUUCUCGAUCUUCAAUCAGAAUCGCAAUAACAAAAACACCGGAGCGGUAGCCGUCCGAUCCCCAUACCUCCGCGUAGUAGGCAUGCAAGUCGACAUGGACGGAAACGGCCGCGGAGUGCGCACCUUCACGGAAGAAGAGGAAGAGGAGUUCCUGCAAAUGUCGCGCAAGGAGGGCUUGUAUCAGGAGUUCUCUUCAAGCAUUGCGCCAUCGAUUUACGGACAUGCUGAUAUCAAAAAGGCGAUUACAUGCCUCUUGUUCGGCGGGUCGAAGAAGGUGCUUCCCGACGGAAUGAGGUUAAGAGGAGACAUCAAUGUGCUGUUGUUGGGAGACCCGGGAACUGCAAAAUCGCAGUUGCUGAAGUUUGUGGAGAAGGUCUCUCCUAUUGGAGUGUACACAUCUGGAAAAGGAAGCAGUGCUGCGGGUCUCACGGCCUCCGUUAUCCGUGAUCCGGGAAGCAGAGAAUUUUACCUGGAGGGCGGCGCCAUGGUCCUCGCAGACGGCGGUGUAGUCUGCAUCGACGAGUUCGACAAGAUGCGUGAAGAAGACCGUGUGGCCAUUCACGAAGCCAUGGAACAGCAAACCAUCUCCAUUGCUAAAGCCGGCAUUACGACGAUCCUCAACUCGCGGACCUCGGUGCUGGCAGCCGCCAACCCAGUGUUUGGGCGAUACGAUGAUAUGAAGAGUGCUGGAGAGAACAUCGACUUCCAGUCGACUAUCUUGUCGCGUUUUGAUUUGAUUUUCAUUGUCAAGGAUGAGCAUAAUGAGUCGAGGGAUAGGACAAUUGCGAGGCAUGUUUUGCAAGUGCACAUGAACACGCACGUGAAGGAGCGUGAGGCUGCUGGUGACAUCAACAUCCAGAAGAUGAGGAGUUACAUCAGCUAUUGCAAAACAAAAUGCGCCCCUCGCCUGACUGAGGAAGCCGCCAAAAAGCUCAGCUCCCACUUUGUCGAAAUGCGUAGCAAAGCACGGUCAGUAGCGUCCGACAACGGCCCAGCCGCCAAGUCCGCUGUCCCGAUCACAGUCCGUCAGCUCGAAGCCAUCAUCCGCAUUUCCGAGUCCCUCGCCAAACUCACGCUCUCAACCGUAGCCACCGAGCAACACGUCGACGAAGCCAUGCGAUUGUUUAACCACUCUACGAUGGACGCUGUGCAAAGCGGGCUCGUGGAGGGCUUUGACUCGCGCUCUAAGUUCUCGGAGGAGGUGAUGAGGAUUGAAGAGCAGAUUAGGCGACGAUUAAUGCCGGGGAGCAAAGUCAGUCUGAGGGUCGUGAAGGAUGAGUUCUUGGCUCAGGAGUUUAGCCCCGUUGCUGUGGAUCGGGCGAUUGAUAUCUUGGUGAGGAGGGAUGUGUUGCAGUAUGUGGACAGGAGGAUGAAGCUGUUGAGGACUAUGCGGUGAACGAGACGUCGGACGUUUGAGGUGUGGGAUAACUAUGGGAGGGAGAGAAAGGCGAGGGAUUGCGGCGUUGGGCUUUUGCCCCUGGCGAUGUCGGCGUACGGCACUGUGUAUAUAGGACGAGAGGUUGAAACCGUUCCAUCGGAUGACUGUGCACAGCUUUAUUAUUCGAUUUUUGAGCGAACUGCUCCCCUCCGUGCUGUGACCGCUCUGGAAAGAGAAAUGUUUGAUGUGCUCUUACUCGCCC